UCAAAUGCUUAUGGGGAUUCGCACUGUUGCUGAAUUCCAAGAUCUGCAGCAACGUAUCCAUUAUUUAUUUGAAAAAAUGAGGCACCCCCUUGUUCUCUCUCUCUAGCUUUUGCUUAUUUCAAAACGAAAGUUGUGUUUUUUUUUACCAAUCUUCCAUGGUUUUUCAUUGGCGGAGGUGAGAGAGGAUUGGAAUUGAAUGACCCAAAUGGAAAAAGGAGGAGGGCGUAGAGAAUUUGGGUGCGGUGGUGGCUCGGAGAGCGAGGAUACCAGUAGUUGAGUUUGUAUUGUAUCUGUAGCUGUAGAAUUUUCAAGCCCUCUCUCUCUCUCUACAUUUAUAAAUGGAUUUCAUAAAGGAAUAUUAAAGCUAGUACAGCCAACCCCAAGCCAAUCAGGGCUCCGUCGGAAAGUUGCACCCAAAAAGGUAAUCCCCUUCUUUCCUCUCUCUCUCCUCUUCUCUGCAACUCCCCCCUUUUCAUUUGGGGCUCCUAGGGCUUCUAUCCUCUGCCAUUUCGAUCGUUACCCAGAUGAAAUCAACGUUGGAUAUGGUUCUGCUGAGAUUCCUGUGAGAGUUACUGUAAAUAGGAGGAUUAGUAAUCAUGGCAGCAGAAUCCAACACCGGGUUUCACUGCAACGAAACGUUAAGCUCCGCUCUGAAUCGGCACGCUAUAUCUUUUCAGUCUACUGCGACGACCAGCAGCUCGGAGAUGAUGACAAUGGGGAAUUAUUUUGGUGUCAACAGUGCGUCGGCCAUAAUGUUUUCGGGGAAUUCAAGUGUCGUCAACAACAACAACAACAACCACCACCCUGUUAUCAGCCAAGCUGCUAAUUCAUCUGGUUCUCUGCUACUUGAUACAGUGCCCGGGCUCAAGCAUGAUGCUGGGUUAGCGGUUGAAUGGUCUGUGGAAGAGCAAUUCAAAUUAGAGGAAGGUCUUGUCAGGUUUGCUGAUGAACCAAGCAUUUUGAGGUAUAUCAAGAUUGCUGCCACGUUACGGGAUAAAACUGUCCGGGAUGUUGCUUUAAGGUGUAGGUGGAUGACUAGAAAACGAAGGAAGCCUGAAGAACAUAUUGGAAAGAAAGUGAACAACCGAAAGGAUAAGCUGGUGGAGUCAUCUUUAAAGAUAAACAGCACACCUUCGGCCCCCGGACCGAGCAUGGGUGCAUAUUCCCAUAUGACGCCCCAUAUGAACAGGAAAGAACGUACGCCUUCUGAAGUGAGACAUUUCUUUUCAUCAAAGCCUCAGAGAUCAGCAGUGCAGCUGCACAUCUUCUGGAACAGAAUGCUCAAGCUUUUAAUCAAAUUACUGCCAACCUUUCCAUGUACAAGUUGCAGGAUAACAUUGAUCUUUUCUGUCGGACAAGGAAUAAUAUUAUUGCUAUCCUAAAUGACAUGAGGGACACUCCAGGCAUAAUGAGCAAAAUGCUACCACUUCCUGUAUCUAUAAAUGAGGAUCUUGCAAAUAGAAUUUUACCUAGUACAACCUGGUAAGAUCUCUAACAAGUAUGUCGGCCAGAUGGGUGCGAGAGACGUUCUGAUUUUUGGACUGUAUUCUCAUCUACUGCUUUGAACAGAUGGUUUAGGAACGUAGAUGUCUCGCUAAUACAUUAUUUAGCUGUGAGAUAAAAAGAUAACCCCAAGUCAAAGUUAAUACAUCGAUUUGGCCAUUUGGGUAAUGUAAGUUAGGAGGAUAGGAUAAAGAGAAGCAUGAAGUGAUUUCUGAUAUGUUGUUCUGUUUUGAAUUGGUUGGUCAGAAUUGCAACGGCUCCAUUCUUUUGGCUCUUGGUUGUGUUUUAUGCCAACACCAGGGCCACUGCAAAGAAAUAUGAAGAAGAUGACGAUGACGAGGACGAGGAUGAUGUAGCGCUGAUUGGUUGGUUACCGCCACCCCGGCUGCCCAAUCAGGCAAAAUGAAAUUCAUGGCUGAGAAAGAACUGCUUGAUGUCAUGUCUCUGAGCUCCCCAGCACACAAAAUAUUCACAGGGAAGUGUUGUCAGCUGCAGAUAUUGGUUGGGAGAUUUGAGUCAAAGGGAGGAAAGGAGAGAGGGGAGGAAAUAUGGAUCUGCUGCUUCCAAUCUGUACUGUUAGGCGUUACAUAAAAAUAAAAUUAUUGUGCAAAAAAUUAUUUCAUAUGAAAAGUAUAGUUGGAGCUGAAAAUCACUUUCUUGCUUACCCUUGAUUGCAUUUCUGUAGUUACCUGUGUGUUGGAGGCUGAUUUGGUCAAUUGGGUGGAAUGGAAAAUAGACCUACUACACACCGUGUUGAAUUAUUUGAUACUUCCCUUGUGGAGCCGCCAUCCAUCCCAUACCUGUAAUCAUUCUCUCUCUAUUUCCUGCAAUUAUUCACAAACAUUUUAUAUUUCUUCA